UUAAGUUAUUUGAAUAUGGAUUUUGCACCCAUACUUUUACUUUACUUGCAAUAUGAAUGGAUAGUUCUUUAUUUAUUAACUAUUUCAAUGUUUGUUGUUGGGUUUAUUGUGUUUAUCAUUUUACUUUGGCUUCCUGCACCUUAUGGGCGAUAUUCACAAACUGGAAAGUUACUAAGUUUGGCAAUAUCUCCUCGUUUAGGGUGGUUUUUACAAGAAUCGCCAGCAUUUUUUGUACCAGUUUUUUUUAUUGGAAGUUCUUACCUGGAUAUUAUUGAAUAUAAUUUUUCUAUCACACAGCUAAUUGUUCUUGGAUGUUUUGUUCUUCAUUAUUUUAUUAGAACUUUUUAUUACUCAUACAAUAUUGUUGGGGGUAAACCAACACCACUCUAUACUAUGUUAUUGGCUUUUUUGUUUUGUUGUGUAAAUGGGUAUAUUCAAUCACGUGGCAUAAUGUUAUCCAAAAAUGACCAUGAAGAUAAUUUUAUACGCAUUUUAUGUGGGCUUUUUAUGUUUUCUGCUGGUUUGAUUAUAAACUUACAGAGUGAUUCAAUAUUAAGAAAUUUACGUAAACCUGGUGAAACAGGCUACAAAAUACCAAAAGGUGGUUUGUUUAACUUUGUUUCAUGCGCAAACUAUACUGGUGAAAUAUUGGAAUGGAUUGGUUUUGCCAUUGCUGCAUGGAAUUGGUAUUCAUUUGCAUUUGCCUAUUUUACAAUAGCGAAUCUCGUACCCAGAGCUCUACACCAUCACAGGUUUUAUCUGAACAAGUUUGACGAUUACCCAAAACACAGAAGAGCAGUUUUGCCAUUUGUAUUACUGCCUGCCGAAACAGUAACUCUCAUGCAUAUUUCAAUAUGUCAUUAUUAUUAGGUACUUUAUUUUUUUG